CCAAAGUGUCCAGGAAACUAAUUAAGGCACUAGCUUUCAGUUCUUUUCAGAUGGCUUCUUCAACAAUGACCCUCUCCUCCUCUUCUCUAGCUGGCCAAGCUGUGAAGCUCAACCCCUCUUCAUCUAACAUCAAUGGUGAAGGCCGAGUCACAAUGCGCAAAACGGCAUCCAAGUCCAAGACUGUCUCAUCCGGCAGCCUGUGGUACGGGCCUGACCGUGUCAAGUACUUGGGUCCAUUCUCUGGGGAGGCGCCGUCUUACCUCACCGGAGAGUUCCCCGGUGACUAUGGUUGGGACACCGCCGGGCUCUCAGCUGAUCCCGAGACUUUUGCCAAGAACCGUGAGCUUGAAGUCAUCCACUCAAGAUGGGCCAUGCUCGGUGCCCUAGGCUGUGUUUUCCCGGAACUGUUGGCUCGUAAUGGAGUCAAGUUCGGCGAAGCUGUUUGGUUCAAGGCCGGAGCGCAAAUAUUCAGUGAGGGUGGACUAGAUUACUUGGGAAACCCGAGUUUAGUUCAUGCUCAAAGCAUUUUGGCAAUUUGGGCAACACAGGUUAUCUUGAUGGGUGCUGUUGAAGGGUACAGAAUUGCCGGUGGACCUCUCGGUGAGGUUAUAGACCCAUUAUACCCUGGCGGCAGUUUUGAUCCAUUAGGCCUUGCAGAAGAUCCAGAGGCUUUUGCUGAGCUUAAGGUGAAGGAGCUCAAGAAUGGGAGAUUGGCCAUGUUUUCCAUGUUUGGCUUCUUCGUACAAGCCAUUGUUACCGGAAAGGGACCGAUAGAGAAUUUGACCGACCACUUAGCCGACCCUGUUAACAACAAUGCCUGGUCAUUCGCCACCAACUUUGUUCCCGGAAAGUGAAAAUGAGAGUAGGAUUGUUGUACAAAUGAUGCGUACUGCAACUAUUCCGAAAUAUGGGAUUUUUGCUGUUGUGCAUUUAUUGAUGAAACUUGUAUGAAAAUGAUCAAUUCAAAAGUCUGGAAAGUUUUUUUGGG